GAUAUAGAAACACAAAACCACACACGUGUCUCAGAAUUCCAUCUCAUGAACUUCUCUGAGGAUCCAGAACUGCAGCCCCUCCUCAUGGGACUGUUCCUCUCCAUGUACCUGCUCACAGUACUCGGGAACCUGCUCAUCAUCCUGGCUGUCACCUCAAACUCUCACCUGCACAAACCCAUGUACUUCUUCCUCUGCAGCCUGUCCAUGGCUGACGUGGGAUUCACCUCCACCACGGUUCCUAAGAUGAGUGUGGACAUCCUCACACACAGCACAGUCAUCUCCUAUGAUGGCUGCCUGACUCAGAUGUUCAUGUUCAUUCUCUUUGGGUGCAUGGAUGAUGUGCUCCUGUUGGUGAUGGCCUAUGACCGGUUUGUUGCCAUCUGUCACCCCCUGCAUUACCACAUCAUCAUGAACCCUCGCCACUGUGGCUUCCUACUUUUGCUGUCAUUUAUGGCCAGCCUUUUGGAUUCCCUGAUGCAGAGUUUGGUGGUCCUGAGGGUUAGUUGCUUCAGCAGAGUGGAGAUUCCUAAUUUCUUCUGUGACCCAUCUCAACUUCUCAACCUUAAUUGCUCUGACAGCCUCAGCAGUGACAUAAUCAUAUAUCUCAUUGGAAUCAUGUAUGGCUUCCUCCCUAUGACAGGGAUCUUCUUCUCUUACUCUAAAAUUGUCUCCUCCAUUCUGAGGGUCCCAUCUCCAGGUGGCAGGUACAAAGCCUUCUCCACCUGUGGUUCUCACCUGACAGUGGUUUGCUUAUUUUAUGGAACAGGCAUAGGUGUAUUUCUCAGUUCAACUUUCUCACUUUCAGCUUUGAAGCGUGCUGUGGCCUCACUGGUGUACACUGUGUUCACCCCCAUGCUGAACCCCUUUAUCUACAGCUUGAGAAACCAGGACAUGAAGAAAGCCAUGAGGAGGCUCCUCAGUAGUGCAUUUGUGGUCCCUGUGCCAUGCUGCUGGACUGUAAGAGUGAAAGGAGAGCAAAUGUAA